CUUCUAAUUGCUUUGCUUACACAUCUUUUAAAGUUUUAAACAACACCAACAGAGCAAAACCAUGUCUUUAAAUCGAUUUGCAGGCAAUGCAGAAGUAGAAGAAGUAGAAAACGUCCUUCUUGAAUAUAGCUUAAAGUAGAUUCACAUGUCCUCUAUGAUUUCAAUGUUAUUGUGAUAGAACAACAGAAGCAGUUUCUCAUUAUGAUUCCUUAUUUUGUGCAACCAAUUAUUGAUUUCUGUGUCAUUCUUAUGCAAAGACCAUGCUAAUCUUUUUUCUUUGUUUUUUGUAUCGUUCCAGUUUUAUCUAAUGUACCUCCACUUCAAUACCGAAGCCGACACUCAAUUCAUUACCUUACCUAUAAAGUUCUUCCUCUUUUUGUGGCUUUUCACACACGUCAAAUUUUGUUUCUUACGGCUUCAUAGCAUGUGACUGUGAACUAAGACAUCUGGGUUGAUGUCAUCACUCAUCACCACAUCCAUAUCUUCUCCGAAAUUUUCAACCUUUAAGUUCCGAGAAUUUUUAGCAAAUAAUCUACCUAAUCUCUCUCACUUUUCUCUCUUCUCUAGGACAAAAAAAAUGCUUUCUUUUUAGUCAUGUAUCAAGUUUUUGUGUCUUCAUUUGGCUCUGACCCACCCAAAUUUGUGCUUCUAUGUUUAGAAUAUGGUACCUGCGUUCCACCAAAGCUGCAGCGGGGUUGUUGGUGAAUGGGACAAGUUAGUGUCGGAUAAGGGGUCGUCAUAUGAGGUAGACGUUUGGCCUGGACUUGUGAGUAUGACUGCAGAUGUGAUCUCUCGUACUGCUUUUGGCAGAAGCUACAAAGAAGGGCAGAGGAUCUUUGAGCUCCAAGCAGAACUAGCACAGCUCAUCAUUCAAGCUUUUAGGAAAGCUUUCAUCCCUGGAUUUAGUAGCAGAGUUCAAUCCAGAGAGAUUCAAAGACGGUCUUUCAAAGGCAACAAAGAGCCAAGUCUCCUUAUUUCCUUUUGCGUGGGGACCGAGGAUAUGCAUCGGCCAGAACUUUGCCCUGUUGGAGGCAAAAAUGCCAAUGGCGUUGAUUCUACAGAGAUUCUCCCUUGAGCUUUCUCCUUCCUACGUUCAUACGCCUCAAACAGUCGUCACCAUUCACCCACAGUUUGGUGCACAUCUUAUCCUGCACAAGCUAUAAUUCUAUAACACCAUAUGCUGUUCUCAAAUAAAGAGAGGAAAAUAAUCCAGAUCAUAAUAUAAAUCUUUUUAUUAAUGGAAGUUGAACUUUGUGCUCACAUAUGUCUUUAUUAAUUGAAGUAAGUACUUUGUGCUCA